UGGGUUGAAAAAAUGCCUUCAAGCGCUAUUUGUUUUUCAAGAGUCCAGGGAUGUGGCAAAAUACAGUUCAAGGUGUCCAACUACCCAUGAUCCUUUACAGACAUCCUCCCGUGACCCUGCCAUGCCCCAGCUGAACAGCUUUGUCCCGGCCCUGCAUCACGCCCUGGUCAAGGUGCGCUGCAACCCGCCCGCUGACCUCUCGGCCGGGGUCGAGCGCCAGGCCAGGGACUACCUCAGUGGACUCCACCAUGGAAAGCGCCGCCACAUCCCCAUGACUGAAUACGACACAAAGCUGGAUGACCGGGGGAAGCUGUUCCCGGCUCCCAAACAUCACAAACUCAACAUGGAGGGCUACCUGCGCUCCUACAUCUACAACCCCAACCUCUACACCAUGCCUGUGGUCCAAGCCAAGGAGAUGGUAGAGAGUUACUGCACUGUGCCUGAUGACAACAGCCCUGUAAUGGACUGGGAGGGCAGUGGAGCCAGCGGUGACAAGUCAGUGGUAGGGUUGGAGGUAAAUCCUUAUGGUGCCACUGCUGCCCAGUCCCUGGGGGUCCAGGUCAACCACUCUCCCUCUCAGUUUCCCACUGACCCCAACCCUCAGAAGUUGAAGGAGCUGAUUAACCUGAUACUGUGUUGGAGGAACACAGAGGGGGACGUCCGGAAGAAGGGAGUGCCGCAGGGAGGACGAAAGCAGGGUGCAGGUGGGUUGGACCCCCGAGGACUGAAGAGGAAGACUGCAGAGAGGACUCUGAAUUACCGGAAUGCCUCACAGGAAAGAGGCAGAAGGGACAGGAGAACAGCAGCAGCUGCUGAAAAGGGCCAGAGCCCUUCUUGUCUGUCCUCUGUGAUGCUGCAGAGUGUUGUUCUGAGAGACGUGGACCUGAGGAGAGACCGCUCGGAGGCUGCUUUCAAGUUCUCUGAUGGGAGAGGAGGAGGAGGAUGGUCAAGAGAGGGGACGAAGCAGACUAAAGCUCUGCUGUUUGAUAGGAUGAUCAAGCUGGGCCUGCCGCCCAAUCAGGACAUUGACCUGAGGAAACGACCUCCUGGGGGCCUGCAGGUCAAGGCUGACUACUUGGAGACAGCAGGGAGCACGAACAGUCUGGAGGUCUUCAGCCCCAGUUCCAAUGGUGAAAUGCCCAGAAGAUCACAGUCCCAAUAUCAGGGGGAAGAACAGAUGCCAUGGGUCCUCAUCCCCAUCACAGGGCUGAAGUCAAACAAGUACUGCCUGAGCGAGAAGGACAACCCUCAGGACCCACGCUUUGUUCCCCAGAUCCCCAUGGCAAACAGCAGCUACCCCCCCUGUGUCCCAGAACGACGGGAAAGAAGCAUCAACUCUACGCUAGAGGAGCUCCCACAGCAUAGCCUCAGUACUUCCCUAGAGGUGUCACAAGAGCACAGCCCCUACCCCAGUCCCUGCCCAAGCCCCUGCUCUUGCCCCAGUCCCAUGGAGGAUGAGCAGCAAUUAGCUGAAACCCCCUGUGACCCCACAGAAAUAAGCGGCAACCAUAAGACGAGCACAGACAAGAAGACAAGCACAAACCAGAGCUUCUUUCAAAUCCGUGGUGCUCCAGCGAGCACCAGGCUACUAGAUAAGUGCCGCCCCUCACCUAAGCCAAAGACAAAUGGAGAACCAACCCCUACUAUCCCUAGCCCUGUGGAGGCUGGGCAGGAACAGGUUGAAGGCAGCACAGGAAAAGUUAUAUCUGGCGUGGUUGCUGAAGAUCCAACCACAAUGGAUGUUGGACAAGAAGAGGGGGAGGAGGUAGAGGAGGAAGCAAAAGAGUUGGAGGAGGACGAUGUGAUUGAAGUGGUAGAUGAAGAGAUGAAGACGGUUAUAAAGCAGACAGAAGAGGUGUCACCACCCUCUCUUGACCUCAGUUCUCCUGAGCUGAUUCCUGUCCCAAAUCCUCCUCCCGUCCAGAACACUCCUCCCAUCCAGAGGCCCGUGCUGAGCAGAGUGAACUGUGUCCUGGACCAGCAGUUCAGCGACUUCUCUACAGAGAUGCAGAUCCUCCUGCUCAGAGAGAGUGUCCACUACAGCUCCCCCCUGAUCCCUAGCCAGAGUCCUCCAGGCCAGCCCCCCAUCCUGCCCUUCUCUGAGUACGUCUCCUUCUACAACUCCUCCCCUCCUAUGCAGGCCUACGUCAGCUCCCUGAGAGACCGCAUGGGCACCGUCAUAGACACACAGGAGCAAUGGAUUCCUAGCAUGGUGGCCACUCACUCUCCCCUGGUCUUAUCUAACAAUAACCACCACCAUGCUAACCACUUUCAUAGAACUACAUACAACUGGUGCCCUUCUUCCCGUGGCCCUGUUUCUCACUCUGUCCCCAGCCCUCACCCUCCGUCCCGGUCUGCCCCUGGUCCUGCUAGUUCAAACUUUCACAGUUCUCUACCUGUGUCUCAUUCUGUCCCCAGCUGCCACUCUCCUGCCCCUCCUUCUGGCCCUGGCCUUAACCUUGCUAGUUCAAACACUUACAGUUCUUUAGCAGUUUAUCAGUUUCCCUCAGCUGUGUCUCAGUUUAAUAGUAAUAAUAACAAUAAUGUUAUUAUUUGCUCUUCAUCCUUCCCCGGUCCUGGCACUGCCUGUCCUUUUACCCCUCCCCUCUACAACAACCCACCCCAGACAGAGCUGCUUCUAUCUCAGCUGCAGUCUAGUCUAGCGCCCCUCCCCAUCCAACCACUGGCACUGGGCAACCAGUGGAUAACAACAACAGAGAACCCUGACUCAGACUGCCGAGAGCAACUGGGAACGUGCAAGCCAAGUGCUACGUCAACCACAACAGAGAACGCUGACUCAGACUGCCGAGAGCAAAUGGGAACGUGCAAGCCAAGUGCUACGUCAACCACAACAAAGAACACUGACUUAGAUGCUCGAGGGCUACGAGGAAAGUGUAAGCCACAAACGAGCGCAACGUUUCAAUCAAAAGACAAUGUCAUAAUUGUUGAUCCUCCAGUUUCAGAAGCCACCAUGGUGGCUCCACAUCAUCUCACUCAGAUGAUUGAGAGUUCUUCAGGGGUGGGAGGGCCUUUCCCAAGCUCAGGGCCGGAUCCACCUGCAGCCAUCAGUAGUCUGAUUAGCCAGCUGAAACCUGAGCUGUUCAGUAACCUGGUGAAGAUUAUAAAAGCUGUCCAGAAGAACUUUGUCUAGUUCUACAUCCACCAUAUCAAGGUACUAAACAUUUGGGGUUCUUGUAAAGCACUUUAUGACAGCUUCUAAUGUAAAAAGGGCUUUACAACUACAUUUGAAUAAUUGAAUGGGGUGCACACAUGCAGUCACACACACCAACCUCUCUUUUCAUUGCAUGUUUAUGUGCAGUGUCACUGUAUGAAACAGACCUUGUUUCUCUCUCAUUGUCCUACCCAGGAGUACCUCCAGAGAUUGGGAAACCAUAGAACACAGUCCUGAGAGUUUCUUGGAAAGAGAGAACCGUUUGGAAAAGUAAGGUUCUCAUGCAGAACAAGGAAAUCACAGCUCACGUUCGUAAGGUACUUGACAACAAUAGCAGUUAUUCCACGAAAUGAGUACCUUUUGUGUCCCUUUGAUAUUUUAAGUAGAAAUUGUGCACCGAUAUUGGAUUUUAAAAGCCUGUUAAAUUAUAUGAA